AUGAUGGAGAACCCUGAGGUGAUGGAGAACCAUGAUGAGGUGAUGGAGAACCCUGAGGAGGUGAUGAGAAUCCUGAUGAGCCUCUGUGAAACCUCUCAUGAGAAAUAUUUAGCUCUGUGCAAAGUGCGUACAGCAAAUAAGUGGGAAGAAGAACUGUGUCGUUCUAAAGAGGAGAACGAGCGACAACGGAAACUCCUGCACGCUGUUCUCAACCCUCAGCUUCGGUUACACAGAGCAGACGUCCAGCAGCUGUUGGUGGUUAAAGAAGAGGUUCCUCCUGAGCAGCAGGAGUGGAGCUCCAGUCUGGACCAGGAGGAGCCAGAGCCCCCCCACAGUCUGGACCAGGAGGACCCAGAGCCCCCACACAUUAAAGAGGAACAGGAGGAACUCUGGACCAGUCAGGAGGGAGAGCAGCUUCAAGGGCUGGAGGAGGCUGAUAUCACCAAGUUCACAUUCACUCCUGUCCCUGUGAAGAGUGAAGAUGAUGAAGAGAAACCUCAGUCCUCACAGCUUCAUCACAGACGUACUGAACACAUGGAGACAGAAGCUGAUGGAGAGGACUGUGGAGGACCAGAACCAGACAGGAACUCAGAUCCAGAUAGACAUCCAGAACCAGAUCCUAAUGAGGAGACUGGAGACUCUUCUGAACCUGAGACUGAUGACAGUGAUGAUUGGAAGGAGACCAGAGAACCUCAGUCAGGUUUAAACUCUCUGAAUAAUGUUUCUGUCAGUAAAACCAAAUGGAGUGCUGGAGAGAAACCAUUUAGCUGCUCUGAGUGCGAGAAAAUAUUUAAAACCAAGACAUAUCUGAAGAUACACAUGAGAACUCAUACAGGAGAGAAACCUUUUAGCUGCUCAGUUUGUGAGAAAUCUUUUACACAGAAUGGAGAUUUACAGAGACACAUGAGAGGCCACACAGGAGAGAAACCAUUUAGCUGCUCAGUUUGUGAGAAAAGAUUUUCUAACAACACACAUCUGAAGACACACAUGAGAACUCAUACAGGAGAGAAACCUUUUAGCUGCUCUGAGUGUGGAAACAGAUUUACAACCAGGUCACAUCUGAACACACACACAAAAAUCCACACAGGAGAGAAACCCUUCCAAUGCUCAGUUUGUGAGAAAUCUUUUACACAGAAUGGAGAUUUACAGAGACACAUGAGAAUCCACACUCGAGAGAAACCCUUUAGCUGCUCAGUCUGUAAGAAAAGAUUUUCUACAAACAGACUUCUCAAGACACACAUGGUAACUCAUACACGCGAGAAACCAUACAGCUGCUUAGUUUGUGAGAAAAGAUUUUCUAACAACACACAUCUGAAGACACACAUGAGAACUCAUACAGGAGAGAAACCUUUUAGCUGCUCUGAGUGUGGAAACAGAUUUACAACCAGGUCACAUCUGAUCACCCACACAAAAAUCCACACAGGAGAGAAACCCUUCCGAUGCUCAGUUUGUGAGAAAUCUUUUACACAGAAUGGAGAUUUACAGAGACACAUGAGAAUCCACACUCGAGAGAAACCCUUUAGCUGCUCAGUCUGUGAGAAAAUAUUUUCUACAAACAGCCUUCAGAAGACACACAUGGUAACUCAUACACCUGAGAAACCAUACAGCUGCUCAGUUUGUGAGAAAAUAUUUUCUAACAACACACAUCUGAAGACACACAUGAGAACUCAUACAGGAGAGAAACCUUUUAGCUGCUGUGAGUGUGGAAACAGAUUUACAACCAGAACACAUCUGAACACACACACAAAAAUCCACUCAGGAGAGAAACCCUUCCGAUGCUCAGUUUGUGAGGAAUCCUUUAUACAAAAUAAAGAUUUACAGAGGCACAUGAGAAUCCACUCAGGAGAGAAACCAUUUAACUGCUCAGUUUGUGGGAAAUCUUUUAUACUACAUAAAUAUUUACGGAGACACAUGAGAAUCCACUCAGGAGAGAAACCAUUUAGCUGCUCAGUAUGUGGGAAAUCUUUUGCAUGGAGAGAACAUUUAAAAAUACACAUGGUAACUCAUACAGGUGAGAAACCAUACAGCUGCUCAGUUUGUGAGAAAUCUUUUACACAGAGUGGAUAUAUACAGAUCCACAUGAGAAUCCACUCAGGAGAGAAACCAUUCAGCUGCUCAGUUUGUGGGAAAUCUUUUGCGCGGAGAGGACAAUUAAAGCAACACAUGGUAACUCAUACAGGUGAGAAACCAUACAGCUGCUCAGUUUGUGAGAAAUCUUUUGCAGAGAAUGGAAGUCUACAAAUACACAUGAGAAUCCACACAGGAGAGAAACCAUUCAGCUGCUCAGUUUGUGCUAAAAGAUUUGUGAUUAACAAUCAACUGAAGGUACACAUGAGAACUCAUACAGGAGAGAAACCUUUUAGCUGCUCAGUUUGUGAGAAAUCUUUUACACGGAGUGGAAGUUUAAAGUUACAUAUGAAAACCCACACUAAAGUCUGAAGAGACAUGAGGUUUCACACAGGAACAAAACUGUUUAGCUGAACAAUUUGUGGUAAAAGAUUCCCUCACAAGGACUGGUUAGUUUAUCACGUGGGAACCAACGCAGAGGAGAAACCAUUCAGCUGAUGGAGAGGACUGUGGAGGACCAGAAUCUGGAACUCAGA